AUGCUUGUACCGACACGCGGGGAACCGGUGAGGUGGGGGGUGGGGACGGCGGGCCGGGGCCGGGGCCGCGCAGGCGGGGAAGCGCUGCACCUGCCAGGGGCGGGAGCCAGGUGCCCGGCGCGCUGGGUUCCCGCCUGGCAGGAAGAGGCUGCGGCCGCGGGCGGAGCGGCCUUGAGGGGAGCGAGUCCUCAUGGCGGCGAAGGCGCCCGCGGGCCCCGGGGACGAUACCUCGGCCAUCCUGGACGAGCUGACUCGGAACUUCACCUACUGGGCGCCGGGCGCGGGCAACGGCUCGCUGUCGAGCGAGUGGUACCGCAGGAACCAGAGUCACCUUUUUGGAGUUUUGCUGGCCAUUUUGGGAAACCUGGUUAUCAGCAUUUCCCUAAAUAUCCAGGUAGUGCCAUUAUUUCUGUUGUGUUUCUAAAAGAGAAUUUGAGAGCCUCGGAUUUACUAGGUAUGACACUGGCAUUUGCAGGAAUGUAUUUAUUGGUGAACUUUGCUCCAAACAUAACCCAGGCUAUCUCAGCAAGAGCAGUACAGUAUUACUUUGUUGGCUGGCAGUUCCUGGUCUAUGUGAUUUUAGAAAUAUUAGCUUUCUGCAUCCUUCUAUAUUUCCAUAAAAGAAAAGGAAUGAAGCACAUUGUGAUUCUGCUAACUCUAGUGGCACUCCUCGCCUCAUUGACUGUUAUUUCAGUAAAAGCUGUCUCAGGCAUGAUCACUUUUUCUAUGAUGGAUAAAAUGCAACUAACUUACCCCAUCUUCUAUAUCAUGUUUGUCAUCAUGAUAGCAUCUUGUGUUUUCCAAGUCAAGUUCCUGAAUCAAGCUACGAAGCUCUAUACUAAGACGACAGUGGUGCCAGUUAACCAUGUUUUCUUUACAACCAGUGCCAUUGUUGCAGGAAUUGUAUUUUACCAGGAAUUCCUUGGUGCUACUUUUCUUGCUGUAUUUAUAUAUUUUUUUGGGUGCUUUCUGUCAUUCCUUGGAGUGUUUUUGGUGACAAGAAAUAGAGAAAAGGAACAGUCGAAUCAGUCCUUUAUUGAUUUUGGAAAUAUUCCUGGAAAACAAACAUUGGACAAAAUACAACCAGAUUCAAAUGGCAUAUCCUAUGGAACCUUGCCUGAUGGAAAUGACUCAACAAAGAGUCAAGGUGGAGAGAAGAAAGAGGUCUAAAAUGCCGAGAGGGAUGGCUGUUGGCCUGUUAUUCGAUA